GGGUGGCUCAGUGUGAGGGUCUCCCCUACCAGCACCUCAUCAUUCCCCCUCACACAGGCCCUGCCUGGGUUUGGGUGCUCCGGGCAGAGCUCCGGCCAUCCCCGCAUCGCAGGAAGAGCCCUGGCAGCCCCCAGACUCAUCCUGCAGCCCCUCUGCCUGCACAGCCCCACCUCGACCAGGGACCACAGCAACCUGCAGGAUUGGGCCCGGGGGUAGUUUGGAGAGGGGGGAGCAGGUUGUGGUCCCUGUGGAGGGGACAGGGGUGCCUGUGGCCAAGGUGACAUCAGAGCGACAGCACCCCAGUAGUGCAGGUCCCUUAGGGCAGGGCACAAGGGCUGGAUCCUCUCGACACGGGGUUGACUCAGGACACCAGUGACUCCCUCCUCUGUCCUCUUGCUCCCUAGGUUUUACUGGGACUUCACAAUGCUGCUCUUCAUGGUGGGCAACCUGAUCAUCAUUCCUGUGGGCAUCACCUUCUUCAAGGAGGAGACCACGGCACCCUGGAUCGUGUUCAACGUGGUCUCUGACACCUUCUUCCUGAUGGACCUGGUACUGAACUUCCGGACAGGGAUUGUCAUUGAGGAUAACACGGAAAUCAUCCUGGACCCCGAGAGGAUCAAGAAGAAGUACCUCAAGACCUGGUUUGUGGUGGACUUUGUCUCCUCCAUCCCUGUGGACUACGUCUUCCUCAUCGUGGAGAAGGGCAUAGACUCGGAGGUGUACAAGACGGCCCGUGCCCUCCGCAUCGUCCGCUUCACCAAGAUCCUCAGCCUCCUGCGGCUCCUCCGCCUCUCCCGGCUCAUCCGCUACAUCCACCAGUGGGAGGAGAUUUUCCACAUGACGUACGACCUGGCCAGCGCCGUGAUGAGGAUCAUCAACCUCAUCGGGAUGAUGCUGCUGCUCUGCCACUGGGACGGCUGCCUCCAGUUCCUGGUGCCCAUGCUGCAGGACUUCCCCCAGAACUGCUGGGUCUCCAUCAACGGGAUGGUGAACGACUCCUGGAGUGAGCUCUACUCCUUCGCCCUCUUCAAGUCCAUGAGCCACAUGCUCUGCAUCGGCUACGGGAAGCAGGCGCCCGAGAGCAUGACGGACAUCUGGCUGACGAUGCUGAGCAUGAUCGUGGGGGCCACCUGCUACGCCAUGUUCAUCGGCCACGCCACCGCCCUCAUCCAGUCGCUGGACUCCUCCCGGCGCCAGUACCAGGAGAAGUACAAGCAGGUGGAGCAGUACAUGUCCUUCCACAAGCUGCCCGCCGAUUUCCGCCAGAAGAUCCACGACUACUACGAGCAUCGCUACCAGGGCAAGAUGUUUGAUGAGGACAGCAUCCUGGGGGAGCUCAACGAGCCCCUGCGCGAGGAAAUCGUGAACUUCAACUGCCGCAAGCUGGUGGCCUCAAUGCCGCUGUUCGCCAACGCCGAUCCCAACUUUGUCACAGCGAUGCUCACCAAGCUGAAGUUUGAGGUGUUUCAGCCGGGUGACUACAUCAUCCGUGAGGGCACCAUUGGCAAGAAGAUGUACUUCAUCCAGCACGGGGUGGUCAGCAUCCUCACCAAGGGCAACAAGGAGAUGAAACUCUCUGAUGGCUCCUACUUUGGGGAAAUCUGCCUGCUGACCCGUGGCCGGCGCACGGCCAGCGUCCGGGCAGACACCUACUGCCGCCUCUACUCGCUCUCGGUGGACAACUUCAAUGAGGUGCUGGAGGAGUACCCCAUGAUGAGACGAGCCUUUGAGACUGUGGCCAUCGACCGCCUCGACCGCAUCGGGAAGAAGAACUCGAUCCUGCUCCACAAAGUGCAGCACGACCUCAACUCGGGCGUCUUCAACAACCAGGAGAACGAAAUCAUCCAGGAGAUCGUCAAGUACGACCGGGAGAUGGUGCAGCAGGCGGAGCUGCAGCAGCACACGGCCAUGUACAGCCCCGUCCAGCCCCAGGUCACCUCCGCCAUCGCCACCCUCCAGCAAGCCGUCGCCAUGAGCUUCUGCCCGCAGAUGGCCAGCCCGCUGGUGGGCUCCAUGGCCCUGGGCUCGCCCCGCAUGAUGCGCCGCUUGCAGUACGCCCAGGCCGUGCCCAGCCCCUUCGCCGUCUCCCCCGUCCUGCUGCAGCAGAGCCCCCCGCAGCAGCCGCAGCCCCCCGUGCCCCACGCCAACCCCUCGCCCUCGCAGGACCAGGCGCAGCCCACGGCCCUGCCCGCCUCCACCAGCGCCUUCGCCGCGGCCGCCGCCAGCCCGCCGUCCCAAAGCCCCCUGGCCAGCCGGACGUUCGCCUACGGGGGGGCCCCGGGCCAGCUGGGCUCCCAGCUCUCCCUCAGCCAGCAGCCGGCGCCCGGCUCGCCCCAGCGCCUGGCCGCCCACAAAAGCACACAGGCGCUGCCCACCAGCAGCCUCAGCCAGGAUUCGCGGCCCCUCUCGGCCUCCCAGCCCUCCCUGCCCCACGGGCUGGCGGGGGGCAGCACCCAGAGCCCCCCGGCCUCGGCCCGCGAGUCCUGCUCCUCCAUUGGCGGGGGCCCGGCCGCCGCCUCGCCAGGCCCUGGCCCCCCCACCGGGCUGCGGGGCCCGGCGCCAUCGCGGGGGGCUGCGGCUCACCCAGCCCCGGGGGGCUCGCUGCACGCGGGGCCACCCACCCUGCCGCAGGACUCGGCGGCCACCCGCAAGGAUUCGGUGGCCAGCACGCCCGACACGGACCCGGCCAAGUCCAGGCUGUCUUCCAACUUGUGACCUCCACGCUGCACCGAGUGGGGGGACGAGGGCGGCGGAGGGGGCCACCACGGCCAGGCCCGGCUCGCCCCCUGCCCAACCCUCUGAGGAGCCCUGGGGGAGGGCUGCGGCUGCCUCCCCCCACUCCCUGGCUUCCC